AUGAACGCCCCCGAUCGUUUCGAGCUCUUCCUCCUUGCCGAUGGCGAGAAGAAGAUCGAGGAAAAGGUCUUCUCCGGAAUGUCCAACACCUCCGACUUCAUCCUGAAGAAGGAAGACCACACUCUCGGAAACCUCCUCUCUGAGCACCUCAAGCAGCACAAGAACGUCCUCAUGGCCGGCUACAAGAUCUCUCAUCCUAACGUGCCCGAGCUCUUUAUCCGCGUCCAAACAGACGGCUCGAUCCCCCCCAAGGAGGCGCUAGUUCAAGUCAUCAAACGUCUCAUGCAGGACUUUUCACACCUCAGUCGCGAAUUCACACGAGAGUUCGAGCUGCGUCGUAUGGUCGAGGCUGGACGGUCUGCAGCGCAGGGGCAGUAA